AUGACGAGCGUAGACGAUCGGGUUCGAGAGCUAGUACUCUGCGAGAGUGCAGGGAUUCUCUGCUUGGUGGCCGCAGCCUUUCCGCACAUCUACCUGACCGGGCAGCCAAAGACCUGUCCCAGCGAUGAGUUAGAGAUAGACUGCAAAGGUAGAAUGGACAUUGCGCGGGACGGAUCCUUCGCAUACAUCGACCUCGGGGAGGUGAAGACGCGGCUCGAUUAUGCGACCGCGGUCCCACAAUUGGGGUUACGGCUGGGAGCGUUGAAGUGGUUCGUCUGCAAGGCAUGCGGAGCGGAGCUGGAGGGAGUGCGGCUGGUCGGCCGCCUGUUCGUCUUCGAGCAAGGGACCCAAGAGUUUGUGGAUAACGCACAGCGAAUGGAAGCUUCGGAAAAGUGGGGCUUCAGCCUGUACCUGCAUAGGGUCAAGAGCGUCGCUGCGGGGCUCCUCCCGAACACGCCCACCACCUUUGCCAAGCUCAAGGUGGGAGACGACCUCGUCGUGAUCGAUCUGCGCGGCAACAACUCACCCGCCUGCCUCGUAGCACCACCCACUACGUACGUAGAUGGGGCAGGGGCGACCAUGGGUUACGUGGCUGCCGGGACGGGCAUCCCGCACAUCGACGACCUGCCCCCUCUGCCGCAGUUCCUCAUUGACUUGCUGCACCAGCGAGCGACGCCCCCUGCGGGAGGCGAUCGGAGGGGCCCAGAGGCCAGAGCUCACGGGCCUGAGCGGCCCCCAUCGGUUGAGCCCGACCUCGUCUCGCCUGAGCUGCAGGCAGAGGUGGUCAGCGAGCUCAGGAGGCUGCUGUGCGGUUGGGGGGAUAACUCCUCUGUCUUCUCGGAUGCGGUGGCCUCGUCUGUGGGGCCCGGGGUCCUGUACAAGUUCCGGAACGGGCCGCAGGGUCGAGCGGCCUGCCCCUACUUCCCAGCGGGAACGGGCAACCACGACUCGAACAACUUCGGGCUGUUGCGGCGAGGAGUGGAAAUCAGCUACAUCUGUCACGGCGAGAGAUGCAAGACGGAGGCGCGGGCCAACAGCAUCCGACGGGGAGCUCUGCCUUUUCCCGUGGCCGCCUCCUUUUCCGACAGCCAGCCCCUGAACAGCAAGCGGAACCGGCUCUACGUGGACCGGGAGCUGUUGCCGAUGGCCUUCCUCCGAGAGAACCUGAACGUGUACAGCGGUGACGUGGGCGGGGCGACCAUCAUCGAGCGCAUCUACCUCAGGAAGGGGCUCAAGUUCGUCUUCACUCCGAACGGGUGGUUCUACUGGAACGGGAUCAUCUGGGUCGCCGACGAGGGCGGCAGCCACAUCCUACGAAUCAUGCGCGAGGAGUUGGUCAAAGUAGAGAAGGGCUACCUGGCCGAACGAGGAUCGAACCUCGAGGCGCGGUCGGACGAGGCAUCGAUGGAGAGCGACGACGAGAGCCUGACGGACUCGGGUACCGCCGGUACCGGGGGAAGCGGCAAGAAGAAAGAGCCUAAGAUCGUCAACUUCAACUUCAACGCGAAGAUGUCGAACGUACUCACCACCUGCAAGGACCUGUUCUUCAACGCGGGCUUCGAGGGAAAGCUGGACUUCAACCGGGACUUCAGGGCCGCUCAGAACGGGGUCAUCGACCUCAAGACCGGGGGGCUUCCAGCCCCACCACCCGCGGGUGAGCGCGACUAA